AUGUCAACUAUACUUUGCCAAAGUAUCGUGUCCUCUAAUUUUGACUCCCAAUCGGCGGAAACUACAACCCUCAAGCUGAAAGUGGCGCCGCCGCCGCAACCGUCGCCUCCGGCGACCAUCGACUUCUUCAAGAAUCCGGCCGCCGACCGAUCCACAAACCUGGAAUUCGGAAACUGGGACUUCAUCAAAAGAGAAACAGGGGAAUAUUUCAGAGACGCAAACCCCUGGGCCCAAAAAACGUCCUUCUCAACCAUGACCUCUAAAUCGCUCCAACUCUGCACCGAAAACCUCGGCAGCGAGUCCGGCAGCGACAUCAUGUCUGAUAGCGGAGACUCCAUUUUUUACUCGCCGCCGUCGGUCGAGCACUCGAGUCCCCAAAGCAGGGAAUUGAUCGGCACCAAUCGCGACCCAAUCUCAAAUCCCCAAAAAAACCCUAACCGCCGCGAGGCGAAGAGCUACCCACCGCCUCUGACGACGAUGAACGGCGCUUGCUCGCUGCAGGUGCGCCGCCACAGGGAGGGCGGGCGGCUCAUCAUUGAGGCGGUGGAGACGCCGUUUAGGAACGCGUACCUUCAGGCGGAGAGGAGCGACGGCAGGCUCCGGUUGAGCUACAUGACGGCGGAGGCCACAAACUCCGCCGCGGAAGAGGAUGAAGAUGAAACGGCGCCGGAGGAGGAAGAGGAGGAGGAGGAAAUUGAGGAGGCGGUAUGGGAAUCGGACGAGGAAUUCGAAUUGAAUGGGAAAAUGAAGAGUAAUUUGGAAGGGGAGUUGGAGAAAUAUCUAAGGGUGAGGAGAUGCAAGGAGGAAGGUAGGGCGGCGCGUGGGAGUAAUUGGAGGCCUGCCCAUCCAAUCGCCAUUUCAUAA